AAGAUAAGUCUAGAGCGGCUCACGACUAGUGUGAAAGAUGAUCUAGUGGAGCUAGAGGGCUAUCUCGGGAAUAUUUUACCUUCUUACAUGAUCCCGACUAUCUGGAUUGUGCUUAAGGGCAUUCCUCUUGAUUCAUCUGGGAAGACCAGUCGCAGACAGCUAGAUUACUGGAUAUCCAGAAUGGAUCCGCAGACGUAUAACCUUGUGACCGAUAUUGAUCGCAAUGCUGUUCUGCGGCAUCCAGUCACCGAAGCAGAGAGACUCCUUAAACACGCAUGCUCUGUUGUCCUCAACGUCUCGGCCUCCGAUAUCAACCUUGCACGAUCGUUUGUAGCUAAUGGAGGUGACUCUAUUUCAGCGAUGCGGCUGAGUGCCCAAUGUUCCGCAGACAUUAAUGUCACUGUCGCAAACUUACUAAAAAGCAAGUCCUUGGUCGAGGUCGCACUGAAGUCUCCCGUGGCUACGGACUCGGCAGCCACCUUUAGCGAAGAUUUUAACGCACCAUUUGCUCCGUCUUCAAUGCAGCAAUGGUUCUUCAACCAGCUCGGUCAACACUCAAUUGACGAAUCCGGUUACCGUUGCAACCAGUCUUUUUAUCUUCGUAUGAACAAAGCAGUCUCUGUCGGGACCAUACGUGCUACUAUCGCGAAAAUUGUGGAAACGCAUUCCAUGCUCCGUGCAUGUUUCUAUAAGGAAACUGAUUCCAAACGGAUGCAAAUCAUUCCGCAACCAAGUGCCUCAAACCAUCGGUUCGAAACGUCGAUGUUGGAGUCAUAUGCCGAUCUUGCGCCUUUCGCGGCUUUACGGCAGCAGCAGCUUCUUGUAAACCGUGGCCUUGUGUUCUCUGCCGAUCUUUACUAAGUGGGCACUGGGGCGGAGCUCUACUUACUACUCAUUACGCACCAUCUCGUUGUUGACCUUGUUUCCUGGAGGAUCAUUCUUGCAGACCUGGAAGCAAUACUAGCUGGAGAAACUAUCUCGCCGCAGAGUUUGCUAUUCCAGAUAUGGAAUCGACUACGGACGGAAGAAAUGAAGGAGUCUACCCAGAGUUCCUAUCAAUCAGUCCAACUUCAAUUCUGCC